GUUGUAGUUUUCCACAGCUGCACUACUAAUUUUUUGUUCUGAAAGCGGGUAAAUACACCCGUUGUGUUUCUAAUUUUACUCACGCUGCUGAGAUGUCUCCCACAGAAGCACUAGUGAGCAUUGUGCUGGGCCUACUGGGCUACGUCAUAUACCGCCUGCGUCAGGGUAUGACCUACUGGCAGCGACACGGUAUUCCUUGUGAGGAGCCACAUUAUUUAGUUGGCAAUUUGGUUGGUUUGGGCAAGACGCGUUCAUUCCCGGAUAUUUGGCUGGAUACUUACAGAAAGUUCAAAGGCACUGGUCCCUUUUGUGGCUUUUAUUGGGGCCGAAGCGCAUCUGCUUUUGUGCUGACACCAGAAUUGGCUAAACUGGUACUUAUUAAAGACUUUAAUAAAUUCAGUGAUCGCGGCUUUUACCACAACGACAAGGACGACCCUCUUUCCGGGCAACUUUUUAUGCUGGAUGGUCACAAAUGGCGGAGCAUGCGGAAUAAACUCUCUCCCGCAUUCACCAGUGGAAAAAUGAAAAUGAUGUACCCGACUAUUGUGAAAAUAGCUGAUGAGCUCUCAAAUUUGACGGGUGCUAUGCAAAAGCAAGAUACCGUGAUAGAGGUGAAAGAGGUGUUGGCGCGCUUCACUACCGAUGUGAUUGGCACUUGUGCCUUCGGCAUAGAAUGCAAUAGUUUAAAGGAUCCCAAUUCAGAGUUUCGCGCAAUGGGUAAGAAAGCUUUAACGGAUGUGAGACAUACACAGCUGGCACGUACCAUUAUUAGUAGUUAUCCAGAAUUGGCCAAAUGCCUGCACAUGAAAGUCAUACCCGAUCACAUUACUAAAUUUUACAUGGGUAUCGUGUGCGAGAACAUCGAAUAUCGUGAAAAGAAUAAUAUUAGACGCAACGACUUCUUCGAUAUGUUGCUGGAUCUGAAGAAUAACAAAGUACUGAAGUCGGAAGAUGGCGAGGAUAUGAGUAUAAGUGUUGGCGAAUUGGCCGCGCAGGCAUACCUGUUUUUGAUAGCCGGUUUUGAGACUUCAUCGACCACAAUGGCAUUUGCGCUCUACGAGUUGGCACAGCAUGAGGACAUGCAGCAGCGUGCGCGUGAGGAGAUUUUAGAGGUGAUGGUACGUCACGAGGGCAAACUUACCUACGAGUGUAUGAGCGAAAUGGUGUACUUGAAUCAGAUUAUAUCAGAGACCUUACGUUUGUAUACUGUGCUGCCAAUACUGAAUCGCAUGUGUCUGGAGGACUACCCGGUGCCGGGCCAUCCGAAGUACGUCAUUAAGAAGAAUAUGAAAGUGUUGGUGCCAGCAGGUGCAAUGCAUCGCGAUGCCGAUCUAUUUCCCAAUCCAGAUAAAUUCGAUCCGGAGCACUUUUCGGCGGAACAAGUGGCCAAACGCGAUGGUAUUGAAUUCUUGGCCUUCGGUGAAGGGCCGCGCAAUUGCAUCGGUAUGCGCUUCGGCCAGAUGCAGGCGCGCGUGGGUUUGGCGUAUUUGCUGAAAAGCUUUAAGUUUAGUGUCUGCGAUAAAACGCCAAUACCGAUGGUCUAUAAUACGAACACCUUCCUGGUGUCUUCUAACACUGGUAUUUAUUUACGUGUGGAACCAGUUUGAAUUGGAUUUAAUCUUUUUGAUUUUAUUGUAGUAUUUAAUUAUGUAGUUAAGGCUCUUUGGUCCAUAUAGAAAUAAAA